CAACAUCCUUCUUUACAAACGACAGGGCUGAGAAACUGUUAUGUCAACAUGGAAGUAUAUGUACUCAUGCAAGGAUCUGACAUGAGUCUCCAGUGUAUCUCCAAAGUGAUCUGUUUGCCGCUGUUGUGUAGCUAUAGCGUUUUUCAUUAAUCUGUAACGUUCCUUCAGAGAAACUUUAUUUUUGCCCAGACUAGGUCUACUAGUUGUCUUCUGAGGUCUUGUCACCAGGCUGCACUGGAGUUUAGGGUCAUGCUUUGAGACCGGGAAGAGGGUUCCAUUGAGUUCGAUGCGGAAGGACGCUGGUCGUAGGGUGGUGGGUCUCUCGGAAUGCCUGGUGAAAGGCAAGGCCUCUAUCGCAGCCACCGCCAUCCUCCUGGGCCGCGUCCCUGACCCAGCCAACGGCCACGCUUUCCGUUAACGGCUUCGACGGGCCCCGCGAGCGGCUGGGCGGGGCCUGCCGGCGCAUGCGCGGCGCUGCCUCGGCGUAGACCUUCGGGCGGGCCGUGGCCGGGAAGCCCGAGGCAGGGUGGGACCCGUGCCCCCCGUGGCCGGACAGCUUCCGGCUCAGCGUGAAGGCGUCACUUCCCUGCGGCGGGGCGAGGAGGCGGGGUAGCGCCGGGUGUCUGCAAACAGGAGGCAACUGAUGCCUCUGGUACCUCUAAUUUCAAACAAGAUGAAGAUCUCCUUUUUAUUGCUGAGGUUCCCUCAUUAUUAUUUCUCUAGAAGAACUUAUUUCAAGAACUGUCACUUCACAUCCAGAGGAAAUUUCCUGUGUGUCAGAUCUCUUAUGCCAGUGCACCUCAAUUGUACAAAAUGGAUGUGUUCAUCAAAUGUUUUGAGGAGAGAGCUGUGUCAACAAGUGGCCUCUGACCAGCAAACAGAGAGACUUUCUGACAGAGAACAGAGGCUCUUAGACAGACUUUACACUGGUCUCAUCCAAGGUCACAGAGCUUGUUUAGCAGAAGCCAUUACGCUUGUAGAAUCAACUCAGAGUAGGAAGAAGAAAAUAGCGCAGGUGCUUCUUCAGAAGGUAUUAUCCUACCACAGGGAACAAGAAAAGUUAAAUCAAGGAAAGCCACUUGCCUUUAGAGUGGGGUUGUCUGGUCCUCCUGGUGCUGGGAAAUCGACUUUCAUAGAAUGCUUAGGGAAAAUGCUUACAGAAAGAAAACACAAAGUGUCUGUGUUGGCUGUAGACCCUUCCUCUAGUACAAGUGGUGGUUCGCUAUUGGGUGAUAAAACACGGAUGACUGAGUUGUCAAGAGACACGAAUGCAUACAUCAGACCAUCCCCAACCAGAGGGACAUUGGGAGGUGUAACAAGGACUACAAAUGAAGCCAUUCUGCUGUGUGAAGGAGGAGGCUAUGAUGUUGUUCUUGUGGAAACAGUAGGUGUGGGACAGUCAGAAUUUGCUGUGGCUGAUAUGGUUGAUAUGUUUGUAUUACUGCUACCACCUGCGGGUGGAGAUGAAUUACAGGGUAUUAAACGGGGUAUAAUUGAGAUGGCAGAUCUAGUUGCUAUAAAUAAAGCUGAUGGUGAUUUAGUUGUGCCUGCACGGAGAAUACAAGCUGAAUAUAUUAGUGCUAUGAAGCUGCUUCGCAAGCGUUCAAAGGUUUGGAGACCAAAGGUAAUGCGCAUCUCUUCCAAAACUGGAGAAGGUGUCUCAGAUAUGUGGGAUAAAAUGACAGAAUUUCGUGACCUUAUGCUCACAAGUGGUGAGUUGAUUGCCAAACGACGGAAACAGCAGAAAGUGUGGAUGUGGAACCUCAUCCAAGAAAAUAUGUUGGAGCAUUUCCGGAGUCACUUGGCAGUUAAGGAUAAAAUUCCACUUCUAGAAGAAAAAGUCCUUCGUGGUGUCUUGUCUCCUGGGCUGGCAGCUGACCUGCUACUGAAAGCGUUCAAAGAUGGUCUCUAAGCAUUAUAUUCUACUCUGUUCUUGUUAAGUGCCUUAUGUAAACAUGAACAUUAAAUACGUUUUUCCUA